AUGUUUAAUGAACAACUCAAUCAUCAAUGGUCAUUAUUUAAACGUCUUCAUAAAAAACAAUAUGUGUCAAUAGAAGAACAGAUUAUUCGUCGAAGUAUUUGGGAAACUAAUCUAGCUAAAAUUCAUCAACAUAAUCUUGAAGUAGAUUUAGGCAUGCAUAGUUAUACAUUAGGAAUGAAUCAAUUUGGUGAUAUGACUCAUGAAGAAUUUAAAAAACAAAUGAAUAUAUUGAAAAUGUCUACUAACAAUGAAAAAAAUAAUUUCAAUCAUCGUUCAUUCUUCGCUCCUUCGAAUGUUAUUGUUCCAAAGGCUGUUGAUUGGCGUAAAGAAGGUUUUGUAACAUCAGUUAAAAAUCAAGGUGAAUGUGGUUCAUCUUGGGCUUUUUCAGCAGCUGGUUCACUUGAAGGUCAACAUUUUCAUCAAACUAAACAACUUAUUCCACUAUCUGCACAAAAUCUAAUUGAUUGUUCAAAUGAUUUUGGUAAUGCCGGUUGUAAUGGUGGUUUUAUAGAUUCAUCUUUUCAAUAUAUCAAAGUUAAUGGUGGUAUUGAUACUGAAGAAAGUUAUCCGUAUGAAGCACGUAAUGGUAAAUGUCGAUUCAAUCGGACAACUAUUGGUGCUAAUUCUACUGGUUUUCGUGAUAUUAAAUCUCAAGAUGAAGCUGCUCUUACAUAUGCUAUUGCUAUUAUUGGUCCUAUUUCUGUUUUUAUUGAUGCUUCACAUUCUUCAUUUCAAUUCUAUCGAUCAGGUGUUUAUGAUGAACCAACUUGUUCAUCAACAGCAGUUGAUCAUUGUGCUUUAGUUGUUGGUUUUAAUGCAACAGAUAGUCAACUUUAUUAUAUUGUCAAAAAUUCAUGGGGAACAUCAUGGGGUAUUGAUGGUUAUAUUUGGAUGAGUCGAAAUAAGAACAAUCAAUGUGGUAUUGCUACUAUGGCUAGUUAUCCUCUUGUUUAA